AUGGCAUUCCGAGCACUCCGCGCUCGGACAACUCUCAGCGCCAGCAUCGUCGUACUCGGGACUGCAAUCUUCGUCCGGCCUAUGGUGCAGCUCGACGCCCCCGUUCCCGUUCCCAAAUCUAAGCUACCCAUCUACCCCUGCCCAACACCCGAGCUCAUCUUACUCGACACUCCUUCCCAGCUCGAAGCUUCCAUAGGCCACACACGGCGGGUUCUCACCGGCAUCCUCCUCCAGGGGAGGAACAAGGUUCAGGAAGGGGUGGAUGGGUGGAUAGGGGUCGAGAAGUCUGUUGAACGAGGUGCGGUGCACGGCACGGGUGCUUAUGCGUUGAUAGGAAAGGUCAAGCAGCUUAUCCCUGCUGAGGAGCCUACGACACCUGGGAUCCUAUAUGUAGGGGUAGCGACGCUCACAGGCUCCGUCCUAGGCCGGCAUCGCCUGGCAUACCGCCUCCUACUCCCUCCCGCAUUCUUCAUCGGUAGCAUGGCAUACUUCCUCCCUCUGACGAGCAAGAACCUAUACGCCUACCUCCUCGAGCUAGAAACCCGGUACGCGCCUUCCCUGGGUGAGAAACAUAGGGCUGCGGAGGAGGGGCUGCGUGGGGGGUGGGAGGGGGUCAGGCGGGGGGUGGAGGAGAACGGACGUUCGAUCAGGGGAGAGGUGGGAAGGGGGGUGAGGGUUUUGGAGCGGGGGACGGGGGUGAGAGUUGGGGAGGCGUUUGGGAUUCCUAGGGAGCGGAGGGUGGAGCCGGAGCAAAAGGAGCAACCGGAGCAAAAGGAGUCGGAGGGGGAGGAAGUGGGAGUGCAGAAGGUUCAAGAGAAAGUUGAGGAAGUUGAGGAAGUAAAACGGCUUGUUUGA